AUGGCAGAUUCAUCCAGUGAUUCAGACAACUUAUUUACGGGUCGGGUUGGAAGGCGGCCUUUGAGAGCGUCCCACAGCAGAGCUCAGAACUAUGGUGCUGAAGAAGUUACAGAGAAGAUCCAUACUUUAGCAAGCACUUUGCAGGAUACCAACAGAAAUCUAAGACACGUUGACCAUUUGCUAGGACAAUACAGAGAAUACAACAAGGAACAAACCAAAGCAAUAACAACUUUGAAAGAAACACUGGAGCAAUCUAUAGGUCAGUUGAGGAGCCAGCGACUAACACGAAACUGUGGAAUGAGAAGUGCAUCUCUCUCAAGCUUAUAUCCCAGUGACCUGGAUGGAGAAGGACCAUCAGGCAACCACCACUUCCUGCCUACUUCUCCUCUCAGGGAUUACGGAGGCGCACAGGGCAAUAAACACCGAAGGUCUCGAUCUGCAAGUGUUCGGUUUGUCAGUGAGGCAGACAAUGUGGAGCAGCUGCAUUCUUUCCACCAGUCUCUUCGGGAUCUCAGCAGUGAACAAGUUCGCCUGGGAGAUGACAUCAGCCGCGAGCUCUCAAGAAGAAAUCGGACUGAUGCUGAAUUAAGAAAGACUCUAGAAGAAUUGUCUGAAAAGCUCACUGAGUCCCAAAGACAAGAAACGGUAUCAGAACGAGUAGAGAGGAGACUUCAGGAGAUAGAAGAAGAGAUGCGUGCUGAAAGACAGCUCGUAGAAAGGCGCCAGGACCAGCUGGGCCACGUGUCUCUUCAAUUACAGGAGGUUUUAAGGAAGCAAGAUGUUAAAGCAGAUGAAGCAGAAGAACUCAUGAGAAAUAAACUUGUGAAGUAUGAAAGUGAAAAGCACCAGCUUGAGCAGGAAUUGGAGCAGUCCCGGAAAAAGUUGAGUGAAUCUGAAGGCAGUAGAGAAGCUCUUUUGCAUCAGAUUGAAGAUCUUCGUUCUCAGCUUUUGAGAGCAGAAGAAGACCGUGUAGAAUUGCAGCAUCAAAUCUCUUAUGCUGCUAUGCAUCGCCAGAGCUAUCAGGAUGCACAGGAUGAUGACAGGAGAAUUAGAGCAGUAGCUGAAAGAUAUGAGAGAGAGAAGCAAGAUCUAGAGAAACAUAUUUUGGAACUUAAAGCAAAGCUGAGUCAUAAUGCUGUAAUGUCAGAGGUAGAAGAACUGAAGAGAUGUGUAGAGCGUAAGGACAAGGAGAAAGCACAGCUUGUGAUGCACAUACAGAUGUUAACAUCUGACCUGGAAAACAGGGAGAAGCAACAGGAAAAAAUGCUGGAUCAGCUAAAGGAGAUAGAGAAUUGCUACAAGGCUUGUGAGAGUGGACGCAGACAAACUGAACUCCAGUCUGCUGAGUUAGCUCAGCAGGUUGAAGAGAGUACCAAGGAAGCAGAACGCUAUCUCAGUGAAUUCAAGCACUCAGAGGCACUCAGGCUGGAGAUUGAGAAAAAAAGAGAGGAUUUGAAGGUGAGAGCCCAGGAAACCAUCCGCCAAUGGAAAUUGAAGUGCAAGAAACUGGAUCGUGAGGUAGAAAAGCAAAAUCAAACUAUCAGUGAACUGAUGGACAAGAAUAGUCAGGCCCUUAAAGAAAAAGAUGAUCUCAAAAGUCAGCUUCUCUCGGCUAUAAAUCAAAUAGAAAACCUGCGGAAAGAGCUGAAUGAUGUGCUUACAAAGAGAGCCCAGCAGGAAGAACUCCUCCACUGUAAAGAGGUAAAACUGAAUGAAAUGGAGUCACACCAGGUAUCUCUUGAAGAAGAGAUCAAAGAAGUUCAAGGUACCGUAAAAAAAUUGGAGAAUGAGUUGAAAAAGCAAGUCUUUCUACAAAACCAAAUGCAAGCUGAGAAGGAGCACUUGAAGACAGAACUUGCAACUAUUAACUUGUUUCAUAAAAAAGACCAAGAACGACUCCUAGAAAUGCAAGCAGAUGUAAAACAUUUAAGUGCUGUCCGUGUGGAACUAACAAACAGAAUUGCAGAAGAGGAGAAAGCCAAAAAGGAAUUACUUAAGAGCCUCUCAGACCUCCAGAAACAGCAGGAAUCUAGUCAUGAAGAGAUGAUUUCAGCUAACAGGCAGCUGAAGAUGGAAAGAGAAAUUCACCAACAGGAGUUGGCAGAUCUUAGAUCAGAGUUACAAAAUGUGAAAAUCAAACAUGAACAAAAUGUUCAAGAGCUCAUGAAACUCCUUAAACAAGAAAAAGAUGAUGGAGAGGCUCAGAUUAGAAUACUAAAGAUGGAACUUUUAGAAGAAAAAAACAUAGUCAAGGCUCAGUGUCGACAACUGGAAAAAAUAAAAGUUGAGUGUGAAAAGUUGACAGAAGAAUUAACCCAAAAUAAGGAAGAAAAUACAAAACUAAAACGGAAAUGUGAAUUUGUAAAACAAGAACUGGAGAAAAAGGAAAAACAGAUCAGCAAUGAAGAUCAUUUGAGAAAGAUGAGUGAGGCCAGACUGCAGUUUAAAGAUCAGCUACGUCAAUUAGAAAUGGAACAGCAAUCCAUUCUCUCCAUGAUAGGAAGUGAAAUUGAUGCUGCUUGUGAAAUCAUUUCUCGGGACUCCAUGGGGAAAUUCAAAGCAAUAUCCCUUACACCAACAGUACCGAAUGAUCCUCAUCGCUGGUUAGCAGAAACAAAGACUAAGCUUCAGUGGCUCUGUGAGGAGGUAAAGGAAAGAGAAAGUAAGGAAAAAAAGCUGCGAUGCUACUUGCUGCAGAGCCGAGAACAGCUCAAGCACUUUACACAGAUAAAGGAGACUGAGCAUCAGUCUCUCUUUAAACAGAUAAAAAAGCAGGAAAAACUUUUGGAAGAAGUUCACAGAGAAAAAAGAGAGCUACUAGAGAAGACACACAGAAAAGAAGAAGAAAUGGGAGCUCUCCAGGAACGUAUUAUGGCCUUAGAAAUGAGUACCCGAGUGGCUUUAAACCACCUGGAGUCUGUGCCUGAGAAACUGAGCCUGUUAGAAGAGUGCAGAGAUACCGGGGAGUCCCAUUGCCGAAGGGAGAUGAUUGAGGAGAGGUAUAUGAGGUAUAAAGACAUAGUGACUUCUUUGCAGCAGCAGCUCGAAGAUUCAAAGCAAAGAGUCAAGGAUGUGAAAAUGGAUGCUGAAAUUUCUGAUGUAGAAGUGGCUGCUCAUUCUAGUUGGCGAACUCAAAACAGCUUUUUGUGCAGCUCACCGCUUUCAAGUUCAGGUUCACUUACGAAAGGGAUGGUUCCUUUGGAUACAAGUGGCACCAAGGAAGAUGCUACUAAUGUUGCUGUUAGUGAAAAGAAGCUGCAAGCAGAAGGAGGAAAGCAGUAGAACAUUUUAUGAAACCACACCAGUUUUCUCUGUGGUAAAUUCCAUUCCACUUUUUUUUUGGUUUUGAACAGUAGUAAUUCCAUCUGCUGUAGGAGUGAUGCACCCAUAAUGAUUCAACAAUUGCCAAACACUCAAAUGAAAGAGCACCAAGACUAAUUCUAAUGAACUCUUUUGAUAAUUUAGGUGACUUGCACACCAAAGGCUUUCUGAGAUUUUGCUAUUCUCUUGUAUUUGUUUCUGCAGUCCUCUUAGACUAUAUUUAUUGUAUUCCUGAAUACUGUGAAGUGAAAUACCUGUGACAUUAAUCUUUGCUAUGAGCUUAUUUACCCCUAUACAGGAAUUGUUCUGACACUUGUUUUUUAAUUAUGUUUAGUAACAUUAUUAAUAAUGAAAAAAACAUUCAGAAAUUGCCUAUUACUAUGAUAGAGAAUAAUUAU